AUGGAAUACGCUAUACAAGCUUGGUCACCAUGGCUUCAAAAAGACAUAAUUCUUCUACAGCGAAUAUAUCAUCGAGCCACGAAGCUGGUAAUUGGAUUGCAAAAUAAACCAUACGAAGACAGGAUUGCCAGUCUCAACCUAUUUGACUUCUACUAUCGGCGCAUCAGGGGAGACCUAAUUCUAACAUAUAAUAUACUGAAGACACCUAAUCAUCCGCUGGAAGACCUUUUUGUCCGACGUCGAACACGAACGGGCAGGAGGCAUAACUUUUCGCUCGCGGUACCUCACUCGAGGGUGAACUGUCGACGGAACUUUUUUGCGGUCCGCGUAUGUUUCAUUUGGAACUCCCUACCUCCCAAUGUUGUACAUUCGCCGAAGUGCCCGUUGGUGGCGGCGCUCAAUGCACAAAUGACCCAACGAAGCCUUACGGAGGCACUUUCCCGGCCAGAUGGCACUAGAAACCUAAAGAAACCAAACGAAUCCGAGUUCAUCACAAAUCCUUGA